AUGUUGAAUCCCGCACUCGGUAAACUGUCCUCUCUGCAGUCGCACGUUCCUCUACACACAGACCUGACAGUUGGCCCGUUGGGGGAAAAUCCAGUUCAGGUUGCCUGUCCUCAGUGCCAUCAGACGGUACUCACUGAGUUGGAGUACCUCCCUGGUUUGCUCACUUACCUUUCCUGUGGAGGAAUCUGUCUCAUUGGCUGUGCAUUCGGUUGCUGCCUCAUCCCGUUCUUGGUGGACCGGCUGAAAGAUGCAAAGCACAACUGUCCUAACUGCAAGACUGUACUUGGCGUGCAUAAACGCAUAUAACUGAGAGCUGCAACGAGAAAAAUAAAUGGCAACUAUUUUGAUCAUCGAAUAAUCAAGUAAUUUUUAGUAAGUGAAAAAGCCAAACGUUUGCUGAUUUCAUGCUUCUUAAAUGUGAACAUUUAAUGCUUUAUUUGGCUAUACAUGAAACUGAAUUUGAAAAACAUCACCGCGGGUUCUGGGAAAUUACACAGGUUUUUUUUUCACUAUUUCCUGACAUUUAUUUGACAAAAUUAUUAUGUAAUUAUGAUUAAGAAAAUAAUUGAUAAUGAAAAUAAUUGUUUGUUGCAGCCCUAACUGACAUGAUGUCCUUCUUAGGGUUAAACCUCCAACACAUCCAUCAGUACACCAGACUACAAACAGCAGUUUCAACAGUUUCACACUUGACUUUAACACUAUAUGUCUUGUUAUUUGUGAUUUUGUAACUACAUUUGUUUUUUUGGCUGUGACAACUUAUUCCUUUCAAACCCUUGAAUAUUAAUAAACUGUGAACAAGCAA